UCCCAGCUGGCGGUUGGCAAUACAUCCGGAAGACAGAUGGAAUAUAAACCAAACUAAACACGAUUUCCCAUGCUCGUAGACAACAGAGUUAUAAAACUUGUGUAAAUGGACAACUGAUCCUCCAGCUCAAGUCCGACUUUUCACUUAAAGCUGAUUUAUAGUGGCGGAGAGUCUCAAUGAGGAAACAGCGCAAGAAAUAGACAAAGUCCCGAGUGGCAAGAGCAACAGAGCUCUACUUUAGCUACUGUUUAUUCCAUCCGAGCUAAAGCUACAGGAGAGAGGACACUUCUCACCUGCACACAAGGGGUCUGUGAAAGAUUGAAUCAUGAGGUUAACAGGUCCUUUGCGAGCUGUCGCAGUACUGCUGUUGGUUGGACUCACCUGGCUGUUGGCAAACACCUUAUUUGGUGGAGAGAAUGGUUCUGUCCGGCAUUUUUUCAGUGGUGGAGGCAUGGAACCAACUCCAGAACCCCGUCCACGAAGAUAUAAAUGUGGACUUUCAGCUCCCUGUCCUCCAAAGCAUCUGGCUUUCCGCCUAGUGUCUGGUGCUGCCAACGUCAUUGGGCCCAAAAUCUGCCUGGAAGACAAGAUGUUAGUGAGCAGUGUGAAGAACAAUGUUGGCAGGGGAUUGAACAUAGCUUUAGUGAAUGGGGUGACCGGAGAGCUCUUGGACACAAAAAACUUUGAUAUGUGGGCAGGAGAUGUUUCUGACUUGUUGAAGUUUCUACGGCCGCUCCAUGAAGGAACACUCGUAUUUGUGGCUUCUUUUGAUGAUCCAGCUACAAAGUUGAAUGAUGAGUCUCGGCGACUCUUUGAGGAACUCGGGAGCACAGCAGGAAGGAGUUGGCCUUCAGAGACAGCUGGGGUAUUUGUUGGAGCCAAAGGCAUCGAGAAUAAAAGUCCAUUUGAGCAGCGAAUGAAGAACAGUAAGAGCAGCAACAAAUACGAAGGCUGGCCAGAGUCUCUAGAGAUGGAUGGUUGCAUUCCCCUUCGGCCUCCCCUAGAAGCGUAACUGCCUCGUAUGCAGGAAAGUGGAGGAGCAGCAGCAGCAGCCGUGGAUCCAAAUGACAGUUAGAAAGAUGAGGAACUUCUGAAUGAUUAUCCUUUCCACGUCUGGGACAGAUUGUUCUCCCUCUCUCGGCAGAGGUUUGAGUCAACUGCAAAGACUGUUUAGACUUGAUGCAUUUAAAAUUGCUGGAAACCUUCUGUGGAUUUGUUGAUGAAGCUUUGUGAGCCAUUAUGAGUUGAAGUGAUGUUACAAAACAAAUGGCAAAGUUUGUAUGAGGUAAAGGAGGAACGUGAAAGGCCAAAUGUCUGAUGACCAAAGUGUAACAGUGACUAGUGAAUGAAUAUAGCUGGAGUAGGUCUUCCCAAGCCAAUGUAGAUAUUUUCCUCCGUCUGUAGGGUGUUGAUAAUUAAUCAUGAAGCACUAAAUGCUUGAAUUAUAUUUCUUGUUCGGCUGACAAAAAAACACACCUUUUGAGACAUGAAGACACUGGGAAACCUAAUCUACAUCAGUUAAGUAAAACUUUGGCACUACUUUUGAGCUAAUACUUUUAAAGACACAUUAAAUGUCCGCCACAGCACCUAUCGAUAGCCAGAUUUUAUAUUUAUGGUAAAUAUAUUUUAUCCUGUGAUGAUAUUUAUUGAUAUUACACAUAGUGUUCAUUAGUAUUUCUUUUCCUUAGAACUUGAUGCCAUUGUUGCCUGUGUUUACAAAUUUAUUUUCAAUCAUUUCUGGUCAGUUUAGUGUAAAGCCUUUUCCAAUGAUGAAAUGUAUUUAUUUUACCAGAAAUGUCACAUAACUCAUUGUAUGAGAUCAUCCGAACACUGCCCGCUCUAGGUUUUAAUAUUGUCUCAGGCCUGCAAACCUUUUCAAGUGAGUGAUUUGUUUGAACCUCAGUGUGUGUUUGUGUAAUGUUUUUAAUGUUGAAUGUAUCCACCAGGCGUCAUGCAAGCCUUACAUGUAUGAAGUGUUUAGGUGUAUAGAAAUUAUUAUAUUAAUAUUAUUUUAUAUUAUGAUUAGAAGUCCAUUUAAGCCACCUUUGUCUAUACUAUGUUGUGUUAACUGUAAAGAUUUUUUUCUACAAAGCACUUAUGUCCGUGUUUUGUAUCGUGACAAUGCUAAUAAAGACGUCCAAAUAUUUA